CUCGGCGCUACUGUGAUAGAAAGAAUUGCGCGCUCGUGAGUACAUUCCCAUCGUUGCGUUUUUCGUCGUUUCGCAGAAAUCGAUGAUGGCUGCCUCGACGGCAUCCCAACAAAUUAAAUUCGAAAGCAGUGCCGCCAGAGAUGCCUUUUGCUGUUCUCGGAAUGCUGCUAUUUCUCAGAGAACUCAGCCUCUCGGCUGCUACGCACAAAUGGAUCGAAUACAGCUUACCGCACCUUCUACAGACUUGUUGAGCGACGACGACGAAGAAACCCUUAAAAUUUGGAUAUGGAAGCAUCACGGCGAAAAAAUACGCAAAGCCUUAAAAGUUGGAUACGGAGGGCACGAAGACCUAGCUGGUUCCUGUUGUCACCUUGUUCACGAAGAAUCUCCGCAUUCUACACCCAUACAACUAACUGAAGAAAAAUCGGAUGAAAGUAUAUAUUCUUCACGGAGAUUGAAGCUCCUCGAUCGCACAGCCAAGGUACAACGACUAUACUUACAGAAAGAACCCCCUGGAGUUGUCUUUGGAAGUUUGCUCGAAGGUCUUUUGGAACUCACCGAAAGCGCUUAUGGAUUUAUUGGCGAGGUCAAGCAUGAUGCCCAGAAGGGUGUUUAUCUGGAAACCCACGCCGUUCUAGAAAAUUCGCUCGGCUCGCACAAUUCUGCUUUCGAAGCGAACCAAGAGGGUAUGCAGGUUUUUAAUAUGGAAACCCUGCUGGAAAAAGUCGUAACAUCCCAGCAACAGCUUAUAUCCAAUAAUUAUCAGGAGCAAGGGCGCAACGACCCAACGGGUCCCCCACCCAUCGAAACAUUUUUGGGUAUUCCAUUUUUUGAAAACAAUGGAAAGCUGAUCGGUCUCGUGGGAAUCGCCAACAAACCGAAUGGAUACGUACAGGAAGAUGCUGAUUUUCUAGAGCCCUUCAUGGUGACCUGCAGCAAUCUGUUACAAGCCUUUCAACAGGUACAGGAAAACGAGUCACUCAUCAAUACCCUGGAACAAAAGGUCCGGGACCGCACCCGGGAAUUGCAAGUCUCUAAUGAACGUUUGAAACAGGCCAAUCGGCAAGUGAUGCAAACUUCGGCACAGCAGCUUCAACAUUUUGCCUGUAUGAGUCAUGAAAUUCGCACUCCGCUUAAUUGUAUUGUCGGUCUUUCCAGCUUGUUGCAAGAAUCCAAAUUGAGUCCGAUGCAGGAAGACUCCAUGCGUAUGAUUGUCAUGAGUGGUGAUUUACUCUUAACAGUGGUCAAUGAUGUAUUGGAUUAUUCCAGAUUGGAAUCGGGCAAUGUUGAUAUCGAAAUCCAGCGGAGCAGUCUGCAAGAAACAUUGAUCUCUAUGGUGCAUUCAAUCGAGAUGAAGGCUCAAUCCAAACGUAUUUUGGUUAAAACAUACUACGAUCCCGCUGUUCCAGAAUACGUUCACACAGAUAGUCGACGAUUGCAACAGAUUCUUUACAAUUUGCUGGGCAACGCCAUUAAAUUUAGUCGAGAUGACAGUAUCGUGGAACUCCGCGUGUCGCUUGCUGAGAAAGCAGCAACGAACUCUCUAUUUGAGGGCAUCGACAUUCAAAGAGAAUGCACGGACAGAUCAUGGUCGCCGCUAGUUUUUCCAGAAGGAAAUUCGUCUGAUACUGUGGAACCUCCAAAUUGCGUGUUACGAUUUAUCAUCAAAGAUUAUGGUCAAGGGAUCCGACAUACCGAUUUUUCACGGAUCUUUCAACCGUUUCUGCAAGCCAGUUCCGAAACAGAACGCGUUUAUGGGGGCACUGGUCUCGGGCUCGCCAUUACGGCCAAACUUGUGGCAGGUCUAGGCGGGCAUGUCUUUGUUGACAGCGAAGUGGGGCGUUGGUCUACGUUUACUGUCGAUCUUCCCUUCCAUCAAGAGCCGGCCCCGAUUGCUUCUAUUACUUCUCACUUACAGAACGCCACGAUCUUGUUUGUGUGUAACGACGCUGGGACUCUUGCUCAGAUUUCGCCAAUUUUUCAGCGUUACAGUGUGACUUUCCAUCAAUUCGACGAUAUGGAAGAGAUGGAUGGUAGUAUUACGACCCAGGGUUUUUUAAAACGAGGCCGUCACUACUUUUGUUUGGUACAUGAAGAUUUGUACGAUUCAGAGGCUUUCGAUUUACUGUCCAAUUUGGCUACUUCUGUACUAUUGACGUUCGGUCCCAAAUUUUGCAUUCCAGAAACACAGGACCAUUACCGUUCCUUGGUCCAAAUCUUACCUUCGGUCUUGAUGGAAUCCAUUGCCGCAUUUGUUCACCGUACACGUAAUCGUCCGGAAGGUCCAGUGAAGACUGCAUCCUUCAGACGAGCUAAUCGCAUACCAUACGCGGCGUUUCGGGUACUCGUUGCCGAAGACAAUAUAAUCAAUCAAAAGGUUUUGCUCCGCAUCCUGGAUCGACUCGGUAUGAAAGACGUGGUGAUGGUGGACAACGGAAAGAAGGCCGUCGAUCGUGAAGCCGAGGAGCCUUUUGAUGUCGUACUCAUGGAUAUGCAAAUGCCAGUUAUGAACGGUGUGGAGGCCUGUAAACGCAUUGUGGGUCGGCAUGCUACCAGGCAUCCCCAAGCAUUGGUUAUCUUUGUGACGGCAAACGUGUCUCAUGAGUUUGAGGCAGAAUGCCAAAAGGCGGGAGCUGUUGGGUUUAUGCCGAAACCUUUCAAUAUUGGGGAGAUUGAAAAGACCUUCCAAAAGGUCCACGCUAUCAUUGGAGCGCGAGAAAGCUUGGCAUUGUGAAUGGAUGCGACUUUCAGUGUAAAUU